UAGAACGUGCAAGUGUUUUGAAAUCAGUUUUGUUUUGUUACUUCAAUUUCAGCCGGUAAUCGCAGAAAUUUCUCAAGUUCUGGUUAAAAUCCGCGAGAAUCGCAGUAGAAAUCAUAAAAACUGUGAUGACUUCCAUUAUAGCUCAGGCGUUUCGUCGACAAUUGCUAUUCAGAGCCAAAAUCUCUCGUGAUCUAACCAGUUUACCUCGCCGUCGGCGAGUUCCGUGUGUUUGUUUUGUGCAGUCGGGGCAGCAACUGCACCACCAAACCAGCGCUCUUUUCGAUAAAACCAUUUUUCGAGAUGAUAUUUCACUGCUGGAACUCAAAAACGACCCCGACACGUUCGGAACACUGUCACCUUCCGUUCCGGAGUCGGAAGUGCAGGACGAGGGUGACUUGAAGGAGGAAAAGUUUAUACAAUAUUUUCCUCCACGAUCACAGAAGUUAAGUACGAAGCAGUACGCGGAUUUGAUCAAAGAUCAUUUGAAGAAUCAACGGGUUAAAGAAGCAAUAGAUGUGCUUGAAGUAAGAAUGAAGGAGGACCGAGUGGCGCCUAUCAACUAUCUAUUUAAUUUAGUUAUUGGAGGAUGCGCACGUGUUGGAUACACCAAGAAGGCCUUCCAGCUGUACAAUAAAAUGAAACAACACGGCUUGAAAGUGACAGGAGGGACGUACACAUCGCUAUUUAAUGCCUGUGCAAACAGCCCUUUCCUCGGCGAUGGAUUACAGAAAGCCAACAGGCUGCGUGAAAUUAUGAUAGAGAAAGGCUAUGAACCAAACGAGUCGAAUUACAACGCAAUGAUCAAAGCUUACGGUAGAUGUGAGGAUUUGAAAACAGCUUUUCAACUGGUAGAUGACAUGAUCGUGAAAAAACUCAAUGUGAGCACCGAUACUUUCAAUUUUUUGCUACAAGCAUGCAUUAGCGACGUUGAGUAUGGAUUCCGACAUGCUCUCUUGGUGUGGCAAAAAAUGCAUCGGAUGAAUGCCUUACCGGAUAUCUACUCGUUCAAUCUGCUGCUCAGAUGUGUUCGAGAUUGCGGUCUUGGUGAUUUGGAAACCACUGAACAAGUUAUUGAGCAGAUUAUCUGUCAAAGUGGGCAAUCGAUGUUAAACCAGGAAAAUGUGGAGCCAACUCUUCUCGAAGAUUGCACCGACCAGACGUCCUCGGAAAAGCAACUGGUCAGAGUCGUAAACCAGCAACCAGGGCCAGAAGGUGCACCCAAUCUUCUAUCUCGAACACCUCACCUGGGAAGCCUCAUCAGUUUGGGCGAAAUUAGAAAACCUGAGGAUCGGCUUUUGCUAUUGGGUGGCCCAACAGGGUUUUUGAGAGAAAUGGAACAAGCCAAAAUACAACCAGAUAUUAAAACUAUGACCGAAUUGAUGGAUGUGAUUCCUCCGACGAACGUAGCUGAAAAGCAAAUUUUGUCAACCGUUCUCAAGUAUGGCAUCAAAUGCGACAUAGACUUUUUCAAUAUCCUCAUAAAGAAACGCUCGAUGCGAUUCGAUUAUGAAUCCGCCCGGCAAGUAUUAACAAUGAUACAAACAGCUAGACUCACGCCGGAUAUCGUCACGUAUGGAGUUUUGGCUCUCGGUUGCCGAAGCCAGGAAGAAGCGCGGGCUCUGCUUCGAGAAAUGGACGACGCUGAUAUAAGAAUUAACAUUCAAAUCUUGGGGGCCAUGCUACGACAAGGCACGGCAACAAGCAAUUUCCGUUAUGUCACGGAUAUUUUGGAAAUCGUUAAACAACAGCGCUUGAAGCCAAACGACAAGUUUCUUCAGCAUUUGGAGGUUUUCAACAAAAAGUGCGAAAAGGAAAACCAAUUUUACGACCGGCAUCCACGCAAAGCCGGACGCGAAGAGUUCAAACUGGAGUACAACCGUUACAAAAACAAGCUGGAAUACUGGAUGGAGUACAUGGGACUGAAAGGACUCAGCUUGGAUGAAGCUCGGGGAAUUGUGCGGGAGCAUCCGUGGGAGCAGUUCAAACAGCCGCAAGUCAACGGUUAUGAAGCGACCAAGAACCCCAAGUUGAGGCAUAAGAAGAAAAAGCAACACUCGAUUCGAAAGAUCGACGUGGAACAGUUAGACGAGGAAACGCAGCAACAAGGUUUAAGAAGGAUAGAGUAGUGAAUUGGUUUAGUCUAGUUUUUCUAGAUAUUUAGAUAGUGAACUAAAUGGAUAGCCAAAA